UCAUCCACAGAUCUGAUGUCUCUUCCUGCUCAUAAUGAGCAUAGCCCUACUCAUUCAAGAUGAGCCUCAUGGAUAUCAACAAGAUCCUCUCCCUCCUGCAGCCCGAAAAGGAGGAGGAGGACACUGAUACGGGGGAGAAACAGGCUCUCAAUCAGGCAGUAUAUGACAAUGACUCCUUUACAUUGGACCAGCUUUUGUGCCAGGAGCGUUACAAACGUUUUAUCAAUAGCAGGAGUGGCUGGGGCAUUCCUGGAACACCCUUGCGUUUGGCAGCUUCUUAUGGCCACCUGAGCUGUUUGCAGGUCCUCCUGGCACAUGGUGCUGAUGUCGACAGCCUGGAUGUCAAGGCACAAACACCCCUUUUCACUGCUGUCAGUCAUGGCCAUUUGGACUGUGUGCGUGCGCUUCUGGAAGCUGGUGCUUGUCCUGGUGGUAGCAUCUACAACAACUGUUCUCCUGUGCUCACAGCUGCCCGUGAUGGUGCUGUCACCAUCCUUCAGGAGCUCCUAGGCCAUGGAGCAGAGGUCAACGUGAAGGCCAAACUGCCAGUAUGGGCAUCAAACAUAGCUUUGUGUUCUGGUCCCCUCUAUUUGGCUGCAGUCUAUGGGCACCUUGAUUGUUUCCGUCUGCUUUUGCUCUAUGGGGCAAACCCUGACUACAACUGUACAGAUGAGUGCCUUUUGGCACAUGUCCCACGACCCCGUACCCUCCUUGAAAUCUGCCUCCGCCAUAACUGUGAACCAGAGUACAUCCAGCUGUUAAUUGAUUUUGGUGCUAAAAUCUACCUUCCAUCUCUCUCUUUGAACCUGAACUCACAAUAUCAUAAAGGUGUUGCAUUACUUCUAGAGGCUCGAGCUACCCCACGAUCACUAUUAUCACAGGCCCGUUUAGUUAUCCACAGAGCCCUUUGCCAGGCUGGCAAUCCACAAGCCAUCAACCAGCUGGAUAUUCCCCCCGUGUUGAUCAACUACAUCAAACACCAACUGUAAUCUUGCAGUCAUCCCAAGAAUUCAUAAUGCUUCCAAAAACCACCUGGAGACUCUGGUAGCUGGAGGGCACUACAGCUCUACUCACCUGUCUGGAAGUGCUCUCCAUUAUCCUCCACAAUAAAUCCUUCACAAAAUAAGU